AUGAGCUAUUCUUACUUACCUUUCCGAUCUAGAUGGUUUGAUGUGCCAGGUUUCGGUGGUUUGCCUUGCUUGCUGGCGGGGGGAGGUCGCUGUCUUCUGGUAGGGCAGACCAGCCCAGCUGGAGCCUUCUCGGGGCGGUGCAGGUCGAUUACAAAGAGGGAACUUGAAGAGAAGCGGAACUUGAGGGGGAAAACAAGAAGAGAAGAAGUAGAAGAAGAAGAAGAAGAAGACGACGAAGUUGAAGUUGAGAAGUUGAUGUUUACUUCGCCCGAUCGGGACAGGUCAUGUGGUCUGCACAGACUUACAUGGAGGAAGAAGACAUUAAGACGAUGA